AUGCCUCAGUCCUAUCAGACCCAAGCGGCCACCGAUGGAGAAAAGAAUCAAGAGCCCACGAUUGUCAUAGGCAUAGACUUUGGUACAACCUAUUCAGGCGUGGCCUGGACCACUUCAAGCCGACCCGGCCACAUCAACAUAAUAACGAACUGGGAUGCCGUCAAGAAUCACUGCAGUGACAAGGAAAAGGUCCCGAGCGUCAUCCAUUACGACGAUAAAGGCGAGGUUUCUUGGGGUUACUCUGUUCCAGAGAAAGCAUCUUCACUCAAGUUCCAGUGGUUCAAGCUUUGUCUCUUAGACGAGGGCGACAUUCCUAAAGAUCUUCGCAAUGCAGCACAGAUUCAAGCUGCUCAAAAAUCUUUGAGGGAGUCGAACAAGCACGUCGAAGAUGUUAUCAGCGACUAUCUACGGGAGCUAUGGACGCAUAGCAUCACGAACAUCAGGAGAGCCGUUGGUGGGCAGUUGGUGGACAUUUCCAAGUUCAAGGUUGUUGUCACCAUUCCUGCUAUCUGGCCCUCCUAUACUCAGCCUCGCAUGAUCCGGGCUAUAAAGAAGGCCGGCAUUCUGGAGUCUCGCAUUGCUGGCGAUACAGUCUUGAAGUUCAUUACGGAACCAGAAGCAGCUGCUUUGGCUACGAUAAACGACAUGUGCACGUAUAAUAGCCGGCCGGAUAUGGAGGUUGGAGACCAUUUUAUUGUUUGCGACGCUGGUGGAGGUACUGUAGAUGUCAUCACCUACACCGUCAUCCAAACUGAUCCAAUUCGAGUCGAAGAAAGCGUCAAGGGAGACGGAAAGCUUUGCGGUGCUACCUUCUUGGAUGACUUUUUCCUAACGGCCCUUCGAAACAAAAUUAACAAAAUCUCUCCGAAUGCUUUCAAAGUACUUGAAGAAAGUGGAGGGUUGAGUCGCAUUAUACAUAACGAUUGGGAGAAUGGCAUCAAACCUCAGUUUCGCAACACUAAUCAACAUUGGUUGGUUCAGAUGCCGAGCAGCGGGUCGAACAGAAAAAGAACUCAUGAUCAAUUCCGCUUCUCAGAUAUCAAGUUUAAGGCCAAAGAUGUCCAGGAGAUCUUCACGCCAAUAGUGGCUGAAAUAGAGACCUUGAUAACUAUCCAAGCAUCAACUGUCAAGAUAAAGUACAAAAAGGAGCCCAAGUUCCUGGUCCUGGUCGGUGGAUUUGGCAGGCAGCUGUUUCUUUACACUCGGCUUCAAGACCUACUGAACCGAAAGAAGGGCCAAAAAGAGAAGACCGAAAUACUACAAGGCUCAGGCGCAGAACCUUGGACAGCAGUCUGUCGUGGGGCUGUAAUAAAGGGGCUCGAGCAGUCUGAGGAUACGACCGCGCCCACAGAUGAUAUGAUUUCUGUUGAUGAGCCAGUCGUUAAACAUUUUUAUCACAACCUUGCGAAACCGACCGGAGAACUUAAGAUCCAAUUCAUCUACUCAACCGCAACUACUCCAUCAAAGAGAUGCGAUGAGACAGUCAAGCAACUCUGCGAAUUGUACUGGUCAAGUGUCCCUGAUUUCGAUACCCUGCCUACUUGGAUAAAUCGUAUAGGAAAAGUCAUUAGGCGGGUUAGCUUUGAUGUCAAGAUGAUAUCAAACGGGGUAACUCUAGAUUUUGAGAUUAUUUACAACGGCCAAGUCAUGGCGUCAAAAAACUUCGGUAUCGACUAUACUGGCUGUGGUUCCACCGUGAAUCAAGCACGAGGAGGCAAUGACUCGGAUGAAGACUCUAAAGACGAUUGA